AAAGUGCUCCCCGUCCAUCGUGUGUUCGCGUUUUCAAGGGAUUCCUUUUGCUGAUUGAUCUUCCGAAAAGGUCCAUUUUCCUUAAAGAAACAUGUCAGAAAACCGUCUUCGAAAUUUCAAGAACAAAGGAAAGGAUACUGGUGAACUACGACGUAGGCGUACUGAUGUUACGAUUGAGUUACGGAAGAGUAAGAGGGAUGACCAGAUUCUUAAAAGACGCAACAUCUCUCAAGGUCAAAGUGACAGUCCAUUGAAAGAAAGUAAUGGUCAGCAGACUUGUACUCAUCUGCCGCUUUCCACCAUUACAGAGUAUCUCCACUCGAAUGAGGAUAAAGCCAUAUUUGAAGCUGCUCAAAUCUCCAGGAAGAUGCUAUCAAAACACAAAAACCCUCCAAUCAAAGAUUUCAUUGACUCUGGACUAAUCCCAAAAUUUGUGACUCUCUUGGAGAGAUUUGACAAUCCUUCCAUUCAAUUUGAAGCUGCUUGGGUGCUCACAAACAUUGCUUCAGGCUCCUGUGAUGAGACAAAAGUUGUGGUGGAAUCAGGUGCUGUGCCCAGAUUUGUCAGGCUACUGUCAUCACCUGAGUCUCAAGUUCAAGAACAGGCUGUGUGGGCUCUGGGAAAUAUAGCAGGUGAUGGUCCAAAUCUUAGGAAUUUUGUUUUGGGCCAUGGUGCUUUAAGACCUCUACUGGAAUUAAUCAAACCAAACCAAAAUCUUCCAUUUCUUCGUAAUGUAACAUGGACACUGUCAAAUCUGUGCCGAAAUAAGAACCCACCUCCUGAGAUAGCAGCAGUUAUUGAGAUCCUUCCAGCCUUGGUACUGUUGAUCAAUCAUACAGACAAAGAGAUUCUCUCUGACACUUGUUGGGGUUUGUCAUACUUGACUGAUGGAACAAAUGAUAGAAUACAACUUGUAAUUGAUUCUGGAAUUCUUCUGUCCUUGAUCAAUUUGUUGGGCCACACUGAAGUAACUGUUGUGACACCGGCCCUGAGAGCUGUUGGUAAUAUAGUGACAGGAUCUGAUAUUCAGACACAAUUGGUGAUAGAGAAAAAUGCCUUGUUUUUCUUUAAGAAGCUUUUGUCACACUCUAAGGCUAGCAUUGUUAAGGAGGCAACCUGGGCAAUAUCAAACAUUACAGCUGGUCCAAAAGAACAAAUUCAGGCUGUAAUUAAUGCAGGCUUGGUACCUUCCAUUAUAGAUGUUCUAAAGGGAAAGGACUUAAAGAGCCAGAAAGAGGCUGUGUGGGCCAUCACCAACUUUACAUCAGCCAGCACAAUAGACCAGAUAACCUUCCUUGUUGAAAAUGGGGUUAUUGAGCCAAUGUGUAGUCUCUUGAAUUUUUUGGAUGCCAAGGUAAUCCUUGUUCUUUUAGAUGGAUUCAGAAACAUUCUUUCAACUGCUAGUCAAAGUGCUCCCAUCCUUGAACUGAUCUGCACCCAAAUGGAAGAGCAUGAUGGUGUCCAAAGAAUUGAGAGUUUACAGACACAUCAAAACUUUGAGGUGUACAAAGCUGCUCUGGCAAUAAUUGACAAAUUUUUCUCAGAGGAGAGUGCUGAGGAGACUGAGCAGAUUGCCCCAGAAGCUACAAGUGAAGGAUACAAGUUUGGAACUCCACAACCUUUACCAAUGGGCGGAUUUCAUUUCUAAAAAUUUAUAUUCAUAAUUGACUAAACUUUUCAACAAGCAAAGAUGGCAAUUAAAAAAAUUAGGAUGCAAAAGAAGUUUAGAGUAGGAUUAUUGUGAGAAUAUGUCAGUUAAAAUAUUGCACUCUGCAAUGCUGAUAUUACACUGUAACUUAGGACAAUAGCUGUUGUCUGUAAAUAACAUGAAAAUUUUGUAUAAAAGCAAAGGGCUCUCAUAGGUUGUAAGAUGAAAAUGAGAAUAAAAACAUUUGACAAAAUCAAGCUUAUCUCUACUGUGUAAGUUUUAAAGGAAAUGAAAGGAAGGU